AUGUAUUUACAUGUCGAAUGCAGUGCUGCUUCGGCACAUGAGCCACUCACCUGUGAGCUGACAAACCAUCGUGGCAAGUUUGGCUUAGCAGACUCGUUUCGGGUGGCCAUGGAAGACGGGGUCUUGCAGGCACGGGUGGCCGAGUUGGAAGCCCGUGUGCGCGAGCUCGAGGAGGAGCUGGAGGCCGCGCGCGCGGGUGAGGUGGAGGAGCUGCAGGCGAUCGUGGAAGCGCAGGAGGCUGCGCUCACAGAUCAGCGUCGCAUCAUUGAAAGCCAGAGUGCUCUCAUCGAGGAUCUGAAUCAACAUCUCACCUCAACAAGUGCGCUUGUCGCUCAGGAGGACAAGCCAUGGCCGUCUCAGGCGCCUUGCCGCAGUGACGAGGACGAGCGCAGUCAGCCGCCAUUGCCGCCCCGCCGGAGCCGUGAGGGCCGUGAUGGUGCAACUCCACCGGGCUCAGCAGGCGCGACAGCGGUGCCAAAGCGUCGAAGCGCACCCGGCACCAGCUCGGGCUAUGGUCGGGUCUCUGCGGGAGGUGGAGGUGGAGGUGGUGGAGGUGGAGGUGGAGGCACCGGUGGGCCAGGUCGGAAUGGCAAGAUAGAGCGGAACAGGGGGGCCGACUCCCGGUGCGAGCGGAGCGAGCGCGGGGACAAGCGAUUGGGAUCUGGAAGUGCUAGCAGUGGCGGUCUGGGCAUCAAGGGACCUUCGCCUCGCAUGACGCCACGCAGUGCGAGUGCCUCUGACUCCCGAAGGGUGCAACAGAUGGCGGGCAUUCCGCCAUCCCUUCCUCUUCUUCGACAAGAAGCAUGA